AUGGGUUCAAAGUGUUGCAACAUAUUUCCUCUGUGCACCAGAUCCAACGAGGAACGAGACGUAGAAUGGUGCAGCGGAUCGAAUUGGUUCACCAAACCACACUCCCGGCGAAAGAGUGGGAAAAAAGUGAAGGUAACCUUCUCGGACCAGCUCGAUACGGCCAGUUCCGGUAGUGGUAGCAGCGUUCCGACCACACCGAGCCCCUCCGUGUCCGCCCAGCAUCGGUGGCGCUAUCUGGAGCAAAUCUUUGUACCUGCUAGUUCAAACACCGCAACAGGGAAUCGAUCUGCAACGUCCGAGUUUGAUCGAGGCAGUAGUUUCCGGCAGAGCAACACAAGCUACGGAUCGGUUGGCAGUGGGCCGUACAAUAGACGAGCGCCGCCCCAGCGUAAAGUAGGACAGAAGAUGGCCGACUGCGAGAAGGAGGAAGCCCUAAAUCUGCAGGUGGAAUUCGAGUGGGUACUGCACGAGGAGGUACAUUCGGUGCUGAAACAGCUGCACGUCAUCCUGGUGGAGUGUGCCCACCGAUUUCCGGUUCCGCUGUACGGUAACGAGGGCAAGAAGCAGGACAAGUUUGUGCUUACAGCCGCACCGGAACAGUUGAAGUGUAUCGUAACGCUUACCGGGGACAGUAUAACGCAUGCGGACAUCAACUUCAAGGUGCAGCGCCAACAGCAACAGAUCCAGCGCACCUCCAUCACCCAGGACUAUCCGUGGAAGAUACAGCAGGUGCAGGAUGCUGCUAACCAUCUGCAGCAAGCGAUCAACCACAUCGACAACGUGGACAGUGCGUACCAUUUCAAAACGUCCGACGAGGUACUGCACAUACUGGGAAACAUUUUGGGUGCGCUGCAACGGGGCCGAACAUCGCUCGUAGUGCCACGCAAGAAGCCAAUCGAUGAGCUGAUGAAAAGCCGCAACAUGAAGGCACUAUCGCCGAACCUGCCGGAAGAUUUGGCGAUCAGCUUCUACAUCCAGAGCCACAAGCUUAUCUUCGUGGCGUACCAGCUGACAAACUUUCAGGGCACGAUGAAGUUCGAUUCGUGCCAGGCAGAAUGUUCCGUACCGUGGCUGAACGAGGUGCUGGUACUGUUUACCGUGGCGUUGCAGUUGUGCCAGCAGUUGAAGGAUAAGAUAUCAGUAUUCUCGCAGUACAAGGACUUUACCGUUGGUUCCCGUUCACCGUCUGCCCUGUCCUACUGAUGCCGCGUCCAUUCAACUACCGGUUGCAUACCGUGUCCAUCGUAGACGCUAGCAUUAC